AUGCAGCAGGGCCGGCCAUCCCUCUGCUGCGUCUCCACCAUCCGCAGCUCACAGGGACCACCCGAGCCAGCUGCUGCUGCUCACUUCAGCUUCUGCCGCAGCCUCCUGGAGCACACGGUCUCGGCUGAAAACCUCAACUACCGCCUGCAGAGGAACCCGGGCAGCAGCCUCACCUGGCAUGAUGGCCGGAGCCAGCGGGCCGACGGUGGCCGGACCAUCAAGCUCCUGCGGCAGCCGGGCACCGAGGGCUUGCAGGGCCGUGCCUGCGACCACUAUGGCAUCUACCACACCAGCCCCACGCUGGGCAGCCUGGCCAAGCCGGUGGUGCUCUGGACCCAGCAGGAUGUGUGCAAAUGGCUGAAGAAGCACUGCCCACAUAACUAUCUCAUCUAUGUCGAGGCGUUCUCCCACCACGCAAUCACAGGUCGGGCGCUGCUGCGGCUGAACGGGGAGAAGCUGCAGCGCAUGGGCAUCGCUCAUGAGGCGCAGCGGCAAGAGGUCCUGCAGCAGGUCCUGCAGCUCCAGGUGCGCGAGGAGGUCCGAAACCUGCAGCUACUCAGCCAAGAUUGUACCAACACUGUGAACCGAGCACCUCUGGGAUGGGCUGUGCACCACCGAUACGAGACCUGAACUGCACGCUUGGAAUUUGAAGAGACAGCUUCCCAGCCACUCCGGGGCUUCUCUCCUUCUUCUUUCUCUUUCUUUUUUAUGAACACGUUUCUGUGCAGAGAUGGAAGGUUUCCUCCAGCAGACGUGGCUCUUGGCUGGAGGAAAAUUAGCAAAGCAGCCACUGGGACAGAUGAACUUUUGCUCACCUGAGCCUGACAGUUCACAGGGAAAGAGAUGGAAAAAAGGAAACGGCGACAGGCAGGGCUCAGCAUUGCAGACAAACCAAGCGUGGUUAUUCCUGGAACGGCUCAGAGCCAUGCACAGGACAGUGAAGCAUUAUGCACAUGGGCGACAUCCCAGCAUCCGGCGGCUCGUGUCCAUACCUCGGAGCUUAUUUAGGGAGCUUUAGUUUUCUCUUCAGACUGGGCUGUCUUCCAGAGUCCUAGGAGGUAAUGUUAUCAGUAGCAAAUAAGAUGACCCGACCAGCCAAAAAAAAAUUAAAAGCGGGGCCAAGCCACCAGCGCCUGGCUCCACUUGGUGAGUUAAAAAGGGAGCUGAGUCAUCGGAGAUGGAAAAUCUGGGAGCAAAGGCAGGGCGGACGCGCUGGUAGGGUGCCGGGGCCUGGAGGAAGUUGUGCCAGGAGCUCGUCCUUCAUCCGUCCUCGUUUGCAGGCAGACGGGGGAGCUGCUGCAGGGGCCGGGUGGGAGCAGCUGGGGAUGCUGAGGCUGGGGAUUCUUGGGUGCCGUGUCCCCCUGACCCCGGUGCCCAGUCGUGCUCCCUCUCACGCCCUCUGUGCUCCCACCAGCUCUUUGCAGUGCUCUGCUCCUCUGGACAAUUGCAAAUUUUCGUCCUGACCUCCUGCCCAGGGGCUGGUGACAGUGCUGACAAACACAGGCACCGUCCUGAUGACCCAACUUUUCAUUAAGGUGAAGCAAUGGUUACUGUUACACCACCCCCACCCCCCAAACCCCUCCUGUCUCGAGCUACAGACUGCUCAUGCAGGCAGGUAAGGAACAAUAGAGGAUUUAGGGGCAGGGUGGAUGCUGACACCUCCCCAUGUUCCCACUCCAGUGACGAGGGCAGGGCUGUGGGGCUGGGGAGGGUGUCCUGAAACAGCAGCACCCCAAGCCCCUGGGGCAUCAGAGCUGGCAGGGAUGUGGAGGCUGGUCAUGGUGGCCCCCUCAGCCAGGUGCCUGCCCACUACCUGCCUCCUCCUCUGCUGGUAAUAAAACAA